AUGUCUGGGUACAGGCUGUCUAUAAUUGAAUCACGUGACUCCGGUGUUAGUUCAUCCCAUCAAUCUAUUGCUAGUGACCGUCAGCUUUCUGCCUCUCCUGCUUUCAUUCACCAAGCCAGCAAGGCAUCACCACCAAUCACCACAGCUCUGAACGACGAAACAACCUCGUCUUUUGGUGGCUAUCAUCACCAUCAGUCAACUAAUGCACGUCAACCGACUGGAAGCCAUCAAAUCAUAUCUCAGCAGCAACAUAGACGCAAUGAUAAAACACUCGUCGAUAAUCUUAUUGACCUCCACCUCUCUGAUAAUCCAAAGGUUGUUGUAUCCGAGGCCACUCCUAGUCCUCAUCAAGGUAGUACUUCUCGUCGCGGACCGUCUGGCCAUGGCACAACUGCUUCAGUACGUAUUUGCACGUUCUAA